CCGUCGCGGCGCCAGUUAACGCGAGGCUUCCGUCGAGUAUAUACGUACAGGGCGUUGGUGCUGCCGUCGUUGGCGCUACUGCUGCAUAUGUCUCUGUGUGCGAGCUGCGCGAUCUAUGCACGUCGACGGGAGCAGGAGGGAAAAACUCGCGAGAUCAAGUAUAGCGAAGCAGAGGACGGCGAGUUCUCGUCGUCUGUGUCUUAUAAUCCAACGCCGAGCAACAGCGGAUAUCGCUGCUGGUUUUAGAGCGCGCGAUACACACAUCGCUCUCUGCGCGGUCUAGCGUGCGUUCGUGUGCCGUGUGCGUCUCUGUGUGUUCGUGUGUACAUUUAGACGAGCAAGAGAGCAAGAGACGAAUCGAAGAUGCCGCUGAGCAUCGGGGUGAACCUGCGGGUUACGGGCCACUGUAACCAGGGCGGCCGCAAGUACAUGGAGGACAUGUUCAGUGUGGCGUACCAGCAGUCCUCGAACGAUCGCGAAUUGGAAUACGCCUUCUUCGGGAUAUUCGACGGUCACGGAGGCGGUGAAGCCGCGACCUUCGCCAAGGAGAACCUUAUGGACAUUAUCGUCAAGCAGAAGAACUUCUGGAGCGACAACGACGAGGACGUGCUCAAAGCCAUUCGCGACGGAUACGUCAACACGCAUUACGCGAUGUGGCGCGAACUCGAUAAAUGGCCUAGAACAGCGUCCGGUUUACCAUCAACAGCUGGUACAACUGCUAGUAUUGCCUUUAUUCGCAAGGGAAAGAUUUAUAUUGGUCAUGUUGGAGAUUCCGGCAUAAUUUUGGGUUAUCAAGAGAAGGGAGAUCCUUUAUGGAAAUCAAAGGCCUUGACUAGAGAUCAUAAGCCCGAAUGUUGUACGGAGAUGACAAGAAUUCAAGAAUCAGGUGGUAAGGUUGUCAGUAAAUCCGGAGUUCCUAGAGUCGUGUGGAAUAGGCCAAGAUUAGGCCAUAAGGGUCCAGUUCGUAGGUCAACGCACAUAGAUGAAAUUCCCUUUUUGGCUGUUGCUAGAUCUCUAGGUGAUCUAUGGAGUUACAAUUCAGAGUUGGACACAUUUGUUGUGUCACCGGAACCAGAUGUUAAAGUAGUAAAGAUUGAUGUUAAAUCACAUAGGUGUCUUAUUUUUGGAACUGAUGGUUUAUGGAAUAUGCUUAGUCCACAAGCUGCAGUAGCUAUAGUUCAAGCUGCUGAAAAGCACAAUGAAAAACAUCUGAUUGCUUCGCAGCAAACUGGAAAUGGGCAAAAUGAUGCACAAAUGUGGAUUAACCCCUCAAAAAGUUUAGUUGACCGAGCACUCGACAGGUGGUCUUCAACACGUUUGAGAGCAGAUAAUACCAGUGUAGUGACAUUGAUGCUUGAUCCCCCUGGACCUACACACAGUGAGAUUCUCCUAAGUCAAAAACGCGAUGGAGUUCGACCACCGGCUCCGGUAGUAGAGCCUGAGAUGGUUCAUAACUCGUUCCCGUCGCCUCAGAUCAGGCCACCUUUUGCCAAACCAGAACCAGAGAUCUAUAAUCCGUUCCCAAGGUCUCCCGUGACCGCGACUAAGCUGCCAAGCUACUCUGAGCUUCAGAAGCACCCCGACUCUUCGAAUCACUUGUUUGAAAACAGCACUGCAAGCACAAAUCUCACAAAUCUCGAAAGCACGAGUAGUGGUUGCAGUAAAUAUGCAGCCUAUCUAUCCAAAGAGGAGGCUAGCACUAGUAACAUUAUUCCAAACCAAAGCUUCGUGGAGCCGCCGCAGUUAGAAGAAAGCAUCCAGGUAGCUGAAAUAUCUUCCAGCAAUUUUUCCGAUGAGCACAGUACUACUACAACCGUCACCGUCAGUGUAGAAGAAACGACCAUGUUAGUUUCGGAGACAGAAGGAACGAUUGUGGAAAGUACUUUGUGCACGGAAGAAACGCGAACGACAGUGGAGUCCGUCGCUGCAGGAGAUAUUGACGUGACCUUAGAGAUGGCGGAGACGAAGUUUUUGCUCGAAAAAGAGAGCUGGUUGCAAAAGGUCCCUGAAGCUGAAAAGUUCACGGAUGAGGUUGAGAACACAGACUUGCAGCCAAUCAAAUUUAGCGAGCCCCCGUCAGGACCGCGGCUCAGACGAGGCGUCCACGAGCCCAGUGGUAAUAGCACCAAGAGCACGACCACCGCCACCACACCUACGAAUGGACCUGCUCUGACCACGAGACGUAUGGGAAGUGUAGCACCGAUUAGUGGCAUCGUCAUCCGCCAGACGCUGAACAGCAGGAGACGUCAUAGUACAGGUGCACCACCUAACAAUCAACGGCAACAGCAGAGGCAAAGGAGAUCUCUGACACCAAAGUCAUCGUCUGCAGCGACGACGUAUCUCGCCUCGUCGGCCAGUGCUAGCAGCAACAGCCUAAAAAGAGGCUCAAAGGUGCUAUUGAUUGGUGAAAGUGGAUUCGACGAACCAAGAGUUGGUGUCGGUACGAGGAACACUACCGAGUGCAAAUAUGAGGCCAAAGAUAACAGUGGUAACAGUGAUAGUGGGGAACCGUGCCUGAAAAGAAGAACAAGAUCGGAAGAUGUUAGAAAGAUGCAAGACGAAAACGAUCCAGCAAACCAGAAGGUCGACCAACAGCACAGCAGGCUCAGAUGGCCUGGUAAUGAGUCGUCGAUUUCGAGAACGAAUGGAGUGUUGAACUCGAGUACGGGAAGUAUUCAAGAGAGGCGGCUUUCUUCGCCGAACUCGUUCAAGCGCCGGAAUUUAGAAAAGAAAGUGACACCGGUAAAGACAAUCCGCAGGCCAUCGAUCAACCGAUCGACGAAUCGUAUCCAGAUGCGGGACAGCUUCUGGGAGCAGCAAGGACGUGCCAGUCGCACGGGAGCCAGCUGCUCGUCGAAUCGUCGGCAGACAGUCGUUGGCAUAAUUAGCUCGAUUGCUGAAUCCGUAUCUGCUUCGACAUCUAACUCAUCGUCUUCCUCAGCGCCAAAACGCUGGCUCAGGUCGGAUACAAUUGCCGCCACGCCGAUCAAGACACUCAGGUCGAGAAACGUUGAUAUCGCAGGUCAUACGGUAUCGGCCCAAGUUGCUCACCAGCAUGGUGCCGUCAAGACCAACAGGAUUAUUGAACACGCGACCAAAUUAAAACAGACAACAACACCAGCGUCGACGACAGGCGCCGCAGGAUCUCCGGUGACUCCACAAACUCCAGCUGUAGCAAAAGUGAAGUCUACAAAUUGCGCGUCAACGCCCGUGUCGAUAGCUACGCCUAACAGGACGAAACAGAGCUGUAGUGUAUCGCCCGUCGGAGGCACUUCCACCUCGUGCGCAAGCACAGGAGGCACUUCUACGACGCCGAGUGCGACGACAUCCACAGUGCUAAUAUCGAAACGUGCUAAGACGCCAUACAAUCCAAGCGCAAUUUCGCUUUCAACAAGAUCGCGUAUCAAGCGUUUCAGCAAGUGAAUAACGCUCAGUGAUUCCUACGCAAGCGUCGGCUGACAUAUACUUUUGUAGAUAGAACAACUUAAUUAGGGAUUUGCGGAGUUUAUAGUCAGAUUAUAUUGUAUCGCAUUGAAAAAUGGCGUAUUAAAUUCGAACGUACAAUUUUCAUAGAAUAUUUUUGGUCACAAAUCUGUUUGAAAGUCAUAACGUAUGUUAAUGGGUGUGAAAUGUAACUAUUUAUUUGACUUUGAUGGACUUGAAUCGACGAGCGUUCGUUACUUUUUAAUUGAUUAAGCGUCCAAAAAUAUCGAAAUUGAUGUUUAUUUGAAUUUAAUACGCUAUCCUUUCAGUAUAUUAUUUCAUUUCGCGCGGAAACACACCAUUGAUCGCUCGGCUAGCUUUCCUUUCUUAUCUCACUUUGAUUUGUACGCAUCGGACAGACAGUUUUAUCCUUAUUUAAAGGAUUUUAAAUUCUUGAAUUCUAUCUCAAUGAUUUAUUAGGAUUUUGUAGUGUAUAACAAUAUGAGUCCAAUGGCCUUUUUUCUAUUAGUGGUCGUGUAUUUUUGUAUAUCCUUUAAAUAGUUUAAAUUUCAUAAACAACUAGUCGAUUCGGAAAUUUCGUAAAGUUUUCCAAAUUCUCUUUCGCGUUAGAACUGAUAUCGUUUUUACAUUACUUAUUUUCUAUCAAAGCUCUAACAUUCAGAAAUUUUUUAGAUUAUUUACAUUGCUAGAUCUUUUAUAUGAGUAAAAGCAAUGCUUUCACUAUUAUUUCAUAAAGUUUUGUCGUUAAACAUGAUUCCUAUAAUUUUGAAAUAUUUUUCAAUGAAACUAUUAUCGAUUAAGUUUGUAAUAAUCUUUUGACAAUUUACAGAUCUAACGUGAAAGACCUAAACCUUUUAGAGACUUUACGAAAAAUCUAAUCUUUUUUAACUAUUUGAAAACUUGAUUUAUACGACUUUUGAUAAAAUUAAAUUCUGUACCAUUAUCGAAUUCAUCUGAUUUGAAUAUGUACGCUAAUGCGGCUAUAGUUAUAGGAACUUACAUUUUUAUAUUUUUUAACGCUAUUAACUGAUACACUUACUUGUCAAUAAAGUAACUUCAUGAGUUGGAGUCACUUUAAUUUUCCAGUAGAGUAAAAUGAUUGGCGUAUACUUUUAAGUGAAUCUUUUCAAACUGACAAAGAAUCUUAUAUUUUUUAGUUCACAUAUCUGACAUUUUGUAAUUAUAAAUCAAGUAAGUGACAAAUUUACCUUCGAAAAAAAAAGAAAAUGACUUUCUAAGGUUUGAAAAGACUGCCUCACUAAAAGUAUCUUAAAAACGAUAACCAAUUUUCUAAGUAAAGAAGCUAUCUAUAAUACCUUGAGACGGGCCACGAUAUUCUUACUUAAAUGUUAACGUAUAUAUGCACAAAUAUAUACAUAUACUUAUUAAUGCAUGCGUGGCGAAGAAAAUAAAGAAACGGGAUAUCUUCUUUACUUUAAGCGCUAGUUUUAAUUUUAGGUAUUCUAUAAUUUUGUUUCCAGUAAAGCUGACAGCGAAGUCUAGAAACACAACUUCUCUAUCCGUGUGAUAAGGUACACCAGUACUUUUUGGUGAAAAAGUGAAUAAUGCGAUCGCCAGCGAGGCCGAAAGCUAUUUGAGUAAUAAAGGAGCAUUUAUAUUUCGAUAUAAAACGAUUGUAUCUUAGCUCAUGUGAACCUUCGCGCAAGCAUGUGAUACACAUAAUAUUUCCUUACAAAGAUAUAUAUAUCCGAUGCGUACGUAAAAAAUGUUUUUUCGUGCAUUAUGAAAACAAAGGAAUACAGAAAAGAUAUAUUAUAUAUAUAUAAAUAUUAUAUAAUAGCGACUUAAGUUAAGGAUAAAUAAAAAUUUCAUAUGUCUUAAAUCUUGAUUAAUACAUAUAAUGAGCUGUUGGAAGUUCUUAUUGUGAGGAGCAACAAAGCUCCAUAUAUAGUUUAUUCCUGUAAAAAAUCGUGGAGUAAGAAAUAUUGUAAGUGGCGAUCGCCAUGGGGAAAAAAAACAUUAUAUUUAAAGCAAGGGUCGUAAUAAGAGUAUUUUUUUAAAGAAAGCUUAGUUUAACCGCGCGAAUUGAUCGUAUAUAAAGAUAAUGGUAAUUAUAAGUAGAGCGAUAGCUACGAGAAACAGAAGCGAGAGAGAAGUGUGUUAUAUAGGUAAAAAGUAAAGCAACAAAUUGAAUGGGUUUGCAGUGGCGAACACAAAAUGAAAAUGUGUGAUCAACUGUUUAACCUACAUACUGUAUAUUUUAAUAAAAAAUAAUAAACUACAUCGAGAAACAAGGAAAA